AUGGAGUACCACAAGAAACACCUGACCAUUGCCAAUGAAAUCGGUGACAGGGUAGAAGAAGGAAUUGCCUAUUGUAAUCUCGGCGAUAUUUAUAGCUCCCUCAAGGACCAUCAACGAGCAAUAGGGUGCUACAAGCAAUACCUGAGUAGUGCCAAGAAAUUCGGUUACAGGGGAGGAGAAGGAGUUGCCUAUUGUCAUCUUGGCGAUGCUUAUUAUCUCCUCGAAGACUAUCUAGAGGCACUAGAGUACUUUAAGGAACACCUGAGAAUUGCCGAGGAAAUCGGUGACAGGAAGGGAGAAGGAUGCGCCCAUAAUAGCCUGGGUCGAUCUCUUAAACAAUUAGGUUUUUUGAAUGAAGCUUUACAUCAUUUUAGAUGCAGUGUAAAAAUCUAUGACACUAUUAGAGCCAAUUAUAUCGCGGAAGAUCAAUUGAAAAUAAGUUUCUGUAAGAGUUGUGAAGAUGCUUAUACUCAUUUAUGGCAGGUUUUAGUAAUGCUUGAAAGGAAUGAUGAGGCUUUAUACGCUGCUGAGAGGGGACGAGCACAGGCUUUGCUCGAUGCCUUAAAAGUAACUUAUGGCCUUACAUCACUUUCUCCCAGGUCAAUUGAAUCUGAAGAAGAAGUCAGAAAUAUUUCAAGGAACACAGCUGUUUUAACAGUUUUUCUUGCCCUGCAAAAGAAAACAGUCAAUAUGUGGGUAUUGCGAAAAGAGGGCAACCCUAUUUUUAGGAAAGCAGAGUUUGAAUUUGGAGGUGCACACGAAGAUUCUUUUGCUCUCCUUUUAGACACUGCUUUGAAAAAAAUGAGGGCUGGCGUCGGUAUUAGGUGCGAAAAUCGGUCAAUGGAUCAGGUGACUGACGACCCAACUUCAACUACUCGAGACAAUGAUCAAACAUCGGAGCCAUCACAGGAGACCACCGACGAGGCUGGCGUCGGUAUUAGGUGCAAAAAUCGGUGUGAAUUACAGCCAUUAUAUGGUGCAGUUCUUGGCCCCAUUGAAGACUUGCUUGAUGGUGAUGAACUAAUUGUAGUUCCUGACGGCGCUUUGUCUAAAGCUCCUUGGGCAGCCCUGAGUGAAACUUUAAGGAUCCGCACUGUUCCCUCACUGACAAGUUUGAAAGUCAUCACAGAUUCUCCAAUUGAAUACCACAGUAAAAGUGGAGCCCUGCUUGUUGGAGAUCCAUGCUUGAAGAAAGUUACAAAUAAAUUGGGGAGCCCCAUUUAUAAGCAACUGAAGUACGCAAAAAUGGAAGUGGAGAUGAUUGGAGAAAUUCUAAAGAGUCAACCCUUAACAGGUAAAGAUGCAACCAAAGAAGCUGUACUUCAGAGAAUCAAGUUAGUGUCUUUGGUUCACAUCGCAGCCCACGGAAGAAAGGAAACCGGAGAAAUUGUUUUGGCCCCAGACCCCCGAUGGGAAUCAGACACUCCUAAGGAGGAGGACUGCAUUAUGAAAAUGUCUGACAUACAAGCUGUUAAGCUGAAAGCGAGACUGGUUGUGCUAAGUUGCUGCCACAGUGGUCAAGGACCGGUCUCGUCUGAGGGUGUGGUCGGUAUGGCACGUGCUUUCUUGUUUGCUGGUGCUCGUUCCGUGCUGGCGACACUCUGGGCAAUUGAUGACGAAGCCACAAUGAUGUUUAUGAAAUCUUUCUACCAACAACUUGGAAGUGGAGAAAGUGCAAGUGUUGCUCUUCAGAGGGCCAUGAAAUGUCUUCGAGACUCCCACAGUUAUUCUGCUCCAAAGUACUGGGCUCCUUUUGUUCUGAUGGGCGAUGACGUUAGGAUUGAAUUGGGCGGGAAAAAGAGUCUUUUAGCAAGUCGUGAGUGUUUUUUUUUAUUGCUGUUCUAG